GUGUGCUUUUUUUUUGUUUUGUUGUUUUUUUUCGCUCCUAGCUUGUGCUGUCUACUCGGAGAAGCUCCAAUGUAUAGUAUGAUGGAAACCGAGCUGAAGCCGGCAGCUUCCCAGUCCAACACGGGUACACUCGGCAGCUCCGCUCCGGGGAACAACAGCAAGAAUCCGGGAGCGAACCCAGACCGCGUGAAAAGGCCCAUGAACGCGUUCAUGGUGUGGUCCCGGGGCCAGAGGAGGAAGAUGGCUCAGGAAAACCCGAAGAUGCACAACUCUGAGAUUAGUAAGAGACUCGGAGCCGACUGGAAACUUCUGUCUGAUUCCGAGAAGCGGCCGUUCAUUGACGAAGCCAAGAGGCUCCGGGCUUUGCACAUGAAGGAACACCCGGAUUACAAAUACAGACCGCGGCGGAAAACCAAAACCCUCAUCAAAAAGGACAAAUACUCCCUCCCCGGCGGGCUGCUCUCUCCGGGGGCAGUGCCCGUGAAUAGCAGCGUGGGAGCAAGCCCGAGAAUGGAGAGCUACUCUCACAUGAACGGCUGGGCCAACGGGACGUACCCGCUCAUGCAGGACCAGUUGGCUUAUUCCCAACAUCCAGGGAUCAACAGCCCCCAGAUCCAGCAGAUGCACCGCUACGAGAUGGCCAGCCUGCAGUACAGCCCCAUGAUGUCCAGCGCCCAGAGCUACAUGAACGCCGCCUCUACCUACAGCAUGUCCCCGGCUUACGGGCAACAGAAUUCAUUGAGCUCCAUGGUGAAAACAGAGCCGACCACCCCUCCCCCGCUCACGUCCCACUCCCGGGGAGCCUGCCUGGGGGAUCUCCGGGACAUGAUUAGUAUGUAUCUCCCUCCAGGAGGAGAUACAGGAGACCCGUCCGCUCAGAGCAGCAGACUGCACAGUGUUCACCAACACUAUCAGAAUACAGCUAUACCCGGCACAGGGUUGAGACAAUCAACGUUUCUACACGGGCGAGACUCCUUUUAGAUGCCGAAUUUUAUAUUAAAGCCUUUUUUGGGACUUCUAAUGCCAUCAGAUUUGCAGGCAGCGG